AUGCUUCUACAAGGGAUGCGUUUAUCGCAAAGGUUCCACAAAAGACAUCUAUUUGCCUCCAACAUUUUAGCGUUGCCAACGGAACCUGCACAUAUACGCCACCUACAUGACAUAAGGCCGCCUGCAUCAAACUUCAAUAAGCAAGAAUCGGCUCCCAUACCCCAGUCUCCAACUGACUCACUAGCUCGACCACCAAUGACACCCCAGCCCAAUUCGGAAAAAAAAAAUCGUGGCUUAAUGUAUUCUUUCAUCGGGGUUUCCGUGGUAGGUUUAAUUCUUUGGUCCAAAAGUAACUCCAAGAAACAAAAACUACCCCUUUCAGCGCAGAAAGUCUGGAAGGAGGCCAUAUGGCAAGAAAGUGAUAAGAUGGAGUUCAAUUACAAAAAGGCGUUAAGGAGGUAUAUUGAAGCUUUGGAUGAAUGCGAUCGGUCUCAUGUCGACCUAUUGUCAGAUGACUAUACCAGAAUAGAGCUGAAGAUUGCUGAAAUGUAUGAGAAGCUCAAUAUGCUUGAGGAAGCUCAAAACUUGUACCAAGAAUUAUUAAGUCGGUUUUUCGAAGCGCUGAAUGUUUCCGGCAAGAUUGAUGAUAGUGAAAGAGGCGAGGUGCUAAGAAAAGACCUCCGAAUUCUAAUUAAAUCAUUAGAAAUUAAUAAAGAUAUAGAAAGUGGUAAGAAAAGAUUGUUGCAACAUUUGCUUUUAGCUCAAGAAGAGAUUUUAAGCAAAUCUCCAGAGUUGAAGGAAUUUUUUGAAAAUAGAAAAAAGAAACUAUCUAUGAUAAAGGACAUCAACAGAGACCCUAAUGAUGACUUCAAAACAUUUGUCAGCGAGGAAAAUAUCAAGUUUGAUGAUCAAGGCUAUAUGAUCUUGGACUUGGAAAAGAAUAGCAGUGCUUGGGAACCCUUUAAAGAAGAAUUUUUUACUGCUAGAGAUUUAUAUACGGCUUACUGUCUGUCGUCAAAGGAUAUUGCGGCUGCUCUAAGUUGCAAGAUAACUAGCGUGGAGUGGAUGGUUAUGGCAGACAUGCCACCAGGACAGAUAUUGCUAUCACAGGCAAAUUUGGGGUCACUGUUCUAUCUUCAAGCAGAAAAACUGGAAGCUGAUCUAAAUCAAUUAGAGCGGGAAAAAAGUAAAGAGUCUGACCAAGAGUUAGAUAUGGGAACAUACAUAAAAGCUGUUAGAUUUGUACGCAAAAAUCGCGACUUAUGUCUGGAAAGAGCACAAAAAUGUUACGACAGCGUCAUUAAUUUUGCCAAAAGAAAUAGAAAAAUUAGGUUUCAUGUAAAGGAUCAACUGGAUCCUUCGGUUGCACAAUCAAUUGCCCUAUCUACCUAUGGAAUGGGUGUUUUAAGCCUUCACGAAGGUGUCUUAGCUAAAGCAGAAAAACUAUUUAAAGAUUCGAUUACUAUGGCUAAAGAGACUGAAUUUAAUGAGCUCCUUGCUGAAGCUGAGAAGGAGUUAGAAAAGACGACCGUCUUAAAAGCGGCUAGGAAAGAGAAUUUGAACUAA